CUUAAACGAAGAAUUUAAUCUAGUGGAUCUUUUGGAUUCUGUAAAAGAACAUCAGAAACUGGAACAUCAUGACAAUUUCUUAAAAUUAUUGGACAUUCGCAAACCAGUAGAACAAACUCCCAAUACAUCAAUAAUAGUUUUCGAGUAUUGUGAAGAUGGAUCACUUUGUGAAUACUUGAAGAACAACCAUAAAUAUUUGGAUUGGGAUAUCAAAUUGGACCUUGCGAAACAAGUUGCAGGUGCUUUAAUGCAUUUGCAUUCGAACAACAUUGUUCAUGGAAAUUUAAAUUCUAAAAAUAUUAUGGUUCAUAAAGGCAAGAUUAAGUUAAAUUGUCUAGGAGCUAUCAAGAGACAAAUUAUAUCAGCCAAAUUUAUAAUGAAAUUCAACAAGAAAGUUCCGUAUCGAGAUAUUCAAGCUCUGGAAGCAUUGGAUUCUGUCGUUUUAAAAAAAAGCUUAGACAUCCACAGCUUUGGAAUGAUCCUUUGGGAGAUUUCAGGUGGGGUUGUGACAUGUUCGACCGAAUCGCUGAGGAAUAUCAAAUUUCUGGAUUUCAAGGAUCUGGUCUCAACUAUCCCACAACAGUACGUGAAGAUAUGUACAGAUUGUCUCCAUAAUGAUGAACUACUGCGUCCAAGCAUUGGUCGAAUAGUCGAAGAACUUGAUGAAAUCGAUUUAAACGACACGAGUCAUGACUAUAUUGAAAUUAUUCUGUGUGACAAGAUGGCAAAUUGCAUGACAAAUAAUCAUAAUUCGUUAAGAGAAACGAGGACCACUUCAGAUUCUAAUCAGUUCGAAAUAGUCACAGAAUUCGAUUACUUUAUAAAAAACCUAUUCAAGGUUUAUAUUGAGGAUUUCAACAAACAACUUAACACGGAACACGUGGCACAUUUCAUUAGGAACUAUAUAAAGAAAUUCAAUAGAAAUCCCUGUAAAAUUUUUCAUCAAUUACUUCAACACAAACACAAAUCUUGCUUUACUAGUCUCAUAGGAUUUUUCUACCGAUACGGGAUUGGAACAAAGGUUGAUCUGAAAUUAGCCUUUGAACUGUGCGCACAAGCCGCCAGCGAUGAAGUAGAUUUCAGCAUUGAAAAGCCCUAUUCACUUGAUUCUCUGGGAUCGUUUAGAAGGUGCAAUCAUGAAGUUGGUCUUAUCUCUCUUGGUCUCAUGUAUUUAAACGGAAAAGGUGUAAAUAGGAAUUUAGAAAAAGCAUUUCAGAUAUUUUCAAAAUCAGCCAAGGAAGGUUCAAGCAAAGCGCUUUCAUGCGAAGGCUACAUGUAUUGUAAUGGUGUUG